GAAUGAUUUCAAAUAUUUUUAUUUUUAGAUGAAAAUUAAUUGAUCAGGUACUAAAUUCACAAUUUAAACAUUGUCAGUAAUUUAAAAAUCUUCCAGUAUUUGAAGCUGAUAUGGAUGGUACCACCAAGGCAAAAAUCUUCUUGAUUAAUCAAACUGCUUUGGGCUCAUUGAAACUGGUAAUGAAAAGAAAAAUGAAUAACAAUAACAGAUUCAUGCCUGAAAAUGGACAGCCAAUGCCUAAUGGCUUUUUCAGAAGAUCUUUGAGGGAACCCAUUCGUUUUGGCUUAAAUUUCUCUAGAAAUUGGUGGAGGCAUCCUCAAGUAUUAUACGAACAAAGAUAUUUUCAUCCAGGACAACAGCAACAUUUUGCUGCUGUACCCAUAAAUCUAAAUCUACUACAAGGUGCACCUACACAAAAUGAGCCUGACCCUCCUGGAACUGAACCUUCUGGAUAUAUAAAACCAUUUUCUGUAAACGCAUAUAAAUGGGCGCGUAAAUGCAAAACUCAAAAUGAAUCUGUUGAUUUAAGAAAUUGGAUUGAUGUGCCAAUAACGUUUGAAAAAAAUGCUGCUUUUAAAAAAAGUUUCGAAUUCAGUGUGAUGUCAUUCAACGUAUUGGCCCAAGAUUUACUUGAACAGCAUCCUUAUUUGUAUAACAAACACAAUAAUGCAGCCCUCGAAUGGCAAGAGAGAUGGAAAAGAAUCCACGAAGAAAUUUCGAACCACAGACCUAACAUUGUUUGCUUGCAAGAAGUGCAAGAGUCUCAUUUAAAUGAAUAUUUUUUGAAGCAGCUUGAAUUGCUAGGAUAUGUUGGCAUUUACAAAAAACGUACAGGCUUAAGAUGUGACGGUUGUGCUAUAUUUUACAAAAUUGAUAGUAUUUCAUUGCUAGACUACGCAACUGUAGAGUUUAUGCAACCAAACAUCCCUCUGUUGAACAGGGACAAUGUUGCAAUAGUAGCAACGUUUUGCCCCAAAGAUCUACCUGAAAAUAAGUUUAUUGUGGCAACAACUCAUUUGCUUUACAAUCCUAAACGGCAAGAUGUCAGGCUGGCACAAGUGCAAAUUUUACUGGCUGAAAUCGAAAGGCUAAGUUUUCACUUGGACUCUGAAAAACAGAAAAACUACCUUCCGAUUAUUCUCAGUGGAGAUUUUAAUGCCACCCCUACCUCUUGUUUGUACAAAUUUAUUUGUAAAGGUCAUUUGCAGUAUCAGUAUUUGGCUGCUAAGAAAUUGGACGAGGAAGGAGUGACUUGUCAAGGACCUGUUUUAAUACCAUCUGAUCUUCAAAUAACAGACAACUGUCAGCAUGCACUGUUGGUAAAAACCCGCGAUUCAUAUUAUAAAAACUCAAAUUAUGAAUCUGAUGUCGUGAAUUUAUCAAAAAAAGUAGAUUUAAAUAAGCUUUACCACAGUACCAACAAAAUUUGCAGCUCAAAUUGCUCAACACUUAAAACAAAUAAUUUAUUUUCCACUGGGACUUUGUCGCACCAGUUUGCAUUCAAAUCAGCCUACAAUCAUGACGAUUUGGCCAAUCCACAAGCGACUACCUUUCAAGACGAAUGGGUUACGGUUGAUUAUAUAUUUUACAGUGGCAAAAAAAUAGAGGGCCAAUUUCAAGAUGAUAAUUUGAAACUUAGCGGUUAUUUUAGCUUGCCUUGCAGAUCGGAAUUGAAAGGGUUUAAAAUGCCUAAUGAUUCAUUGGGAUCUGACCAUUUCUGUCUUGUGGCUAAAUUUCUAUUGAAUACUGGAUCAUAACCAAGAUUGACAAUAUUUGAACUACUUCAAUUAUUGUCUAGAAUUAGUUCAAAUACACUAUUGAAAUUUAAGAUUUGUUGUUAAAAUACAAUAGGGAGAAUGAACAUCAUUGUCACUUUUCAGUGUUUACAGAAGGAAAGCGUUUGAAGCAUGCUUCAAAGUUAUUGUAAACGAUUUUUAUUGGUCAGUAAAAAAGUAUACAUCAAACACUGGUGUCAUUUUAUUAAAUAUGUCAAUUUUGUGCUUUGAUUAAUUGAUUUUAUCAAAUUCGUCUGCAAAAAGGAGAGAGGGAUUUUUUUCUCUUUGCAGAGGAUUUUGAAAAAAAAUCAACCCUCCAGAGUACAGGACUGACAAAUUUCAAGGUCAUUAAGAUAACGCCUCCUUAAGUACCAGUGUUUGACUUACACUUCUGCACCGGCCAAUGAAGAAUCGUUUACAAAUAACUCCAAGAGAAAUUGAGGCAUAUGUAGACGUUCUAAUUGUGUAAUUAAACAACAGUGACAAAUGCUGAAACUGCCCAUUUAAUUCAGGUGAUGAUAAAGUGAGAAUAUACCUAAAAAAACAUUUUUGGUUUAUUUAUUUAGUUACUAUUUCUAAUUUUACUUUUAUUUUGUUCAUUUUGUAUUAUACUGUAUUAUUAAAGACAUAUUUUUAAAUAUAUAACAAAUUUCAAUAACAAGACAGUUUUAUUAAUAAAUUAAUAUUACAUAAAUCACAUCCAUUAGAAUAUGGAAUUAAAAAUCUCAAAUCAAUAUUGUCAUACCUAUUAUAAUAAUUAUUUCUAAACUGAAUACUAAGUUGUUUUGAAAACACAUAUCUGUAGUAGAAUAUUAAAUACAAAAAAAUAAAUAUAAAAUUAUAAUUUUGUCACUUUAACUCUUAAAAAUUGCUCCAGUGAAACUUACAACAAAAUUUAUGUAUGCCUCUUGAUAAAAUCCUUGUGAAACUCUUCAAAUUUCUGCAACAUACCCUUCAAUUUAUCAGGUUGUGGUAGAAUGGUAGUCCUGAAAUGAUAAGUUCCAGGUUGCUGGCCAAAUCCUGAACCUGGCACAAUACAAAUUCCAGUGUUCUCCAAUAAUUCAAAGGCGUAAUAAGCAUCAGGAGCUCUGUUGACUUUUUUAGCUGCCUCAAUAGCUUUUUGUGGUAGAUCAAUCCUUGGAAAAGCAUACAUGGCACCUUGGACAACGUUACACUUGAAACCUUCCAUCGAGUUGAAAGUGUCCGCAACCAUUUUGGCUCUUACUUUAAGCGAAUCCAGUACGGCUUGUUUUUCUUUGAUGAAAGUAUCAUAACUGGGGUCACCUUUUUGAGGUGGGUUCACUACAGAGUCUAAUGCGACUUGUCCCAGGACAGUGGGACACAACAUUGCACUGAUGGCUUUAAGGUACAUUGCUUUUACUUCGGGACACAUAUUGAUGACCUCGGCAUAUCCGCCUCUAAGACCACAUUCACCCAUGUAACCUUUGGAACAAGACAUGAAACUUGCUAAUUCCAUUGAUGAGUAAGGUUCACCCAUUUCAAUUAAU